AUGGUUUUAUUCCCUCUAUAUUAGUAUUCAAAACAAAUAAAAAUAAAUUUUUAAUAUUUUAGAUUAAUAUCUUUUAUUAAAUUAUUGCUUUUGUUUUUUGUAUUCGGGUACUCAGAAUUGUGCUAUUUCUAGCAGAUGAUGCAUCCAUGCAAAAUUUCUUAAAAUGAUCUUUAUCUUUUAAGAAAAGCAUCCAUUUUUAGUGAAAAUUAUAAAGAGGUAUAAACAAAUUAAUGUUUUUUUUAUUGUUUUUUAAAUUUAAUAAUAAAAUGGAGCAGUUCAAUAGUCAGGAAAAACCAAAAUUUUCACCCAACAGGAAUUGAACAUAAUCCUUUAAGAAAUUAACUCUACACAAACCCAACUCUUGUAAAAGGAUAUUUUUUUGCCAAACUUGAUGAUUCAAAAUAGUGUAAUUUUUAUAAGCAUAUUAAAUCAAUACUUCAAGGUUUUGGAUGUGGGAUCGUGAUAGCAGAUAAACAACAAUUAAAGUAUUUGCAAUAGCACCUGAUAGGAUGA